CAAGGCUGAGAAAUCUCCAAUCUUGAACUUUACAACAUUGCACACGAAUUUUACGCCCUUCUCUCUUCCUCAACAUAUCACUAAUCCUGACCUUGCGUCUCAUAACAAUAUUUCAUACAUUGUUUCCCCACAUUGCCAUAGCCAUGUCUCGCCAUCAUCCCGAUCUUGUUAUGUGUCGCAAACAGGCCGGUAUCGCCAUCGGUCGUCUCUGUGACAAGUGCGAUGGAAAAUGCCCAGUUUGCGACUCCUACGUUCGGCCCACGACACUCGUGCGCAUUUGUGACGAAUGCAGUUUCGGCAACUAUCAGAAUAAGUGCGUUGUGUGCGGUGGUGAAGGCAUCUCGGACGCGUUCUACUGUUUCGAAUGUACACGCCUUGAAAAGGAUCGCGACGGAUGUCCUAAGAUUAUAAACCUUGGCAGUUCGAGAACAGAUUUAUUCUACCAAAAGAAAACGAAUCGUACAACGCAAUACUAGCUGAGUUGUGGCCUGGGCUGGCCGUGCAGUAUGGUGUUUGGUUGAUUUAUGGUCAACUUAGAUCUGUCAUCACAGGUGUUUAGGCGCAAAAGGGAAUAUGAAAACGCGUGUUUUUCUUUUCUUUUUCUUUUUGGAUUGAGCGGCAGCUACCUAGUAAUUACUUACAAUUGACUAGCUUAUUGCUUAUUCAAAUUUGCCAGAACUCGCCCAUGAGAAAUACACUACGGCUGAAAAAGAAAGGUUCUACCCAGAGACUCCUCGUAACACAUGAGAUACUAAUAAAUAAUACAAUGGAAAGA